UUUUAGUAUUUAUUCGCGACUGGCGCUCUAAAUUUUCUUUCUCCUGCUUCUGAUGGUGUUCUGAUAUGGAGAAUUAAACCCAAAAAGUUUUUCGUUUCGUGUGUGGUGUCGGACCUUCGUCCAUCUCAACAUGUCCAUACCUCGACCCUCAAGCUCGUUACGAGCGUCGUUGCUCAAGCCCUCGGCGAUUCGGAAUGCGCAGUCGAUACAGUCUCGCUGUCGUUUCUCGACAAGUCGAAGAUGUCUCGCUUCGGCUCCGAUUCCUCAAACUCAUCAGACCGCAGGGCGACGCCACCUAGGGACGUCGCUCGGUGUAGUCUUCCUCGGAACUCUAGUCUACACCAUGGCCUAUAGCAAUACCGCGGCCAAUGAUUCACCGCCGGUCCAACCGGUCUCACUAGCUGAGGUAGACGAGGUGACCAAGAGAAGGACCAAAAUCACCAAGAACUCCCCAAUGAGACUGCGCAUGGAGGCUCUGAUUGAGGAACACCAAAACCGCAUAGUGUUUGCGCUGGAAGAUAUCGACGGCAAGAAGUUUCAGCGUGAUAAGUGGUCGAGACCACUCGGUGGUGGUGGAACGUCGUGCGUUCUACAGGACGGAAAUGUGUUUGAAAAGGCGGGCGUCAACACCAGCAUCGUCUAUGGCGAAUUACCUCGACCUGCGAUAGAGAAGAUGCGCGCGGACCACAAGUCUUUUGUCGACUCGGAUGUCGAGAAGCUCAACUUCUUCGCGGCAGGCAUUUCGCUUGUUCUGCACCCACAUAACCCCAUGGCCCCGACCGUCCACCUCAAUUACCGGUAUUUCGAGACCUCGGACCCACGGGACCCAGUCAAUGCCACGGGCACCUCACAGACGAAUUGGUGGUUUGGUGGUGGUACGGAUUUGACACCAUGUUAUCUGUUCGAAGACGAUGCGAAACACUUCCACAAGACCAUCAAAAGCGCCUGCGACAAGCAUGACAAGGAUUAUUACCCCAGGUUCAAGAAAUGGUGUGAUGACUACUUCAAGAUUGAACACCGCAAGGAAUCUCGAGGGAUUGGCGGGAUCUUCUUUGACGAUCUCGAUGCGAGCACACAGCCCAACUCGAAGAAUCCUCAAGAGGAUCUCUUCCAGUUUGUCGUUUCCGGUCUGGAAUCCUUCCUUCCUGCCUACCUCCCCAUCAUCAAAAAGAGAAAGGACAUGCCGUUUCUCCCUCAGCAGAAAGAAUGGCAACAGCUACGACGCGGGAGAUAUGUCGAGUUCAACCUGAUAUACGAUCGGGGGACGAGCUUCGGACUGCGCACCCCCGGUGCAAGGGUCGAGAGUAUCCUGAUGAGUCUCCCGUUGACUGCCCGCUGGGAAUACAUGCACCCACUGUGCGGCACGGGACUGCCAGAAACCAUAGAACAGGAAGAUGACGGGUCACACGAAAAGGAGAAGGAACUUAUGGAUGUGCUCAAGAACCCCAGAGAGUGGGCAUAACUUGUGUUAAAUCCAAAGCCUCGUUGUACAAUAAAAAUGAAGAAAUUACCAGUUUAAUGUCUACUCCAUAUCCAUUUCC